AUGUCGUCAAGUUUCCAGGAAUCUCAAAUGCUGAACAUCAGAAAUGACGACCCAGCGUCUAUGGAAGGAUUCCUUCUCCAACGUGGCCAACGAACCUUGCGAAUGAACAUUCUCCACUUCAAAUUGUUCGACAAUGUACUGGAAUGCAGAGAUGGUCCCUGCUGCACACCGACCUGGUCUGUCAGCGUAUUGGACGCAACUAUUUCGAGGGUUCAUAAGCGUGGUAUUGUGAUCACCUUGAACGGCGACAAAUCCAAAAUUCGCUUGCGAGCUAGGUCCAAUGGGGAAGCAUGUGCAUGGGAAUUUCAUCUCCGACGGGCUUCCCAGCGAAAGAUCACAGAUCGUUACGAGUUACAGGAUAGAAUUGGAGAAGGGAAUUUUGCGGAGGUGGUGAAUGGAAUAGAGAAGUCGACCAGAAAAACGGUUGCAGUGAAAAUAAUGGAGAAGGAACCCGAUGAAGUCGACCAAACACGAGCGAUAGACUGUGAGGUCGAAUUCGUGCGGAAAGAUGUUCAGCACCCCAAUGUGGUAAAGACUCUAGACGUAUUCAACACAAUCGACAAGCUGUUCAUCGUCAUGGAACAUGGGGGAAAGUCUCUUCAAGCCAUCAUGCAUGAGCAAGGGACUCUCUCAGAACGCGAGACAGCACACAUCGUGGAUCAGCUACUGGAUGCUUUAGAGCAUUUGCACAGUCAAGGAAUUGUCCAUAGGGACAUCAAGCCGGACAACGUGCUUGUAAGUGAGAACAUGUCGCCCUUCGAUGCCAAGCUGACGGAUUUUGGGCUUUGUGGAAUGAUGUCUCCCACGUCAAACAAGCAGAGUUUGGAAGGCACAAUUGGUACUCCAGCUUUCAUUGCACCUGAGGUAUUGACAGAAUCAAAACACGGUCGGGCUGUUGAUCUAUGGUCUCUGGGAGUGCUCACGUAUGAAAUGCUCAGUGGAGGAUUGCCAUUUACGGGGCUUACCAUGUCAGCAGUUUUAGAAAAAGUUGAGAUCGGCUCGUUUGGAUUCUAUGGAGCUGUUUGGAAUGAUGUUUCAGAAAGCGCGAAGGACUUCGUUCGUGGUUUGCUGAAAGUGAAAGUUGGGGAGCGGUUAUCAGUUCAAGAGGCGAAGAAACACAGAUGGAUUCAAGGUGAAUCAAACAGAGAUGGAAUGCCGAAUGUUUCCAGCUUGAACGCUGAAGUUUGUGAAGCCUCUUCUGUAAGCGAUGGGACUCUAGUAUGUCCGUCUUCAAACGAUGCUUCGGAGGUCCAUUCCAUUGGUGGAACUUUGACUUCUUUCGUAGACAAGCAGGAGGAACACGGUCGGUCAUGGGGGGUUGCAAUGAGGGAAAGACUGUCAAAUGCCGACACGUUUGGGUCAUUUCGACGCUUAACAUCUUUCGGAAGUAUUGAGAUGAGCCCUCUUGAGGACAGAAAAGCCCUCAGAGAAACUGGGAGGGAGCGAAGGCCAACACGGAGAGUUGUCGAAGGCCAGAAACCAAUAAUGGAAAAAACUUCUGCCUCUCUUCGACCUACGAUCAAUUUAGGGAGUAUGCUAAUCGAAUCUCUGCAGAGAGGAGCAAGCUCGGAUGAGACGGGGACGAAACCACAAGAAAGCUUUCGAUCAGUGAUUGGAAAGCUACCUAAAAUGGCCAAACGAGCCAUAUCGUUUCGACCCCACCGGCGCCCAAGAGAGAUGGAAAUGGGUCACUCUCACGACUCUACUUCCUUUGGCGAUGCUCGAACAAGCCGGUGGAUGGCAUGCAGAAAGCUUUUGGGGCAAUUGCCGUCGGUAACAAAACUUCGAACCUUCUUUCCCACCCAGACUCAUGCUUCUCUUGGCGAUACGGAAGCAGCCCGAGCGAGCUACGGCAGAUUAGAAAGGGGAGAGACUUUGGUAAUGCGAAAGCACGUUGUUUCAUUCUCCUCGCGCGAGAGUCAGCGCGAUUCGCAGCCCACAGCGUUCCAGAUUGAGGCGGGGAGAGACAUGGCUCCCGCUGACAAGUACGACGAGAUUCCGCUGCUCGGCAGCCCGAGCGAGGCGCAUGACAAGUCGUCCGAGACCGAGCCGAGGAAGGACAUUGCAGGCACCGAUAAGUGCGAGAAGAGUCGCCCACCCGACAACCUACGCGACUCGCAGCCCGAGUGGGUUAAAAGCGAGGCGGGGAAAGAAAUUGCAACCGACGACAUACCGCGAGGUGAGAGAACGCACGAUGCGCACCCCAAGUCGCCCAAGAGUGAGGCAAGAAAGGGUAUUGCCCCCGCUACCCAGUGUGACGACAUUCCGCUGGGCAACAGCCCGCGAGAGGCGCAUGGAAAGUCGGCCAAGAGCGAGGCUGGUAGAGAUAUUGCAAGCGCCGACAAGCGCGACGAGGAUCAAAAUGUAGGUGAAAAGGACAGACGUGGUCCCGAUCGGGGGUUGCACGCGGUUUGCGUUGAAAGGCUUCAAGGACAGCGAGUUGGCGAACAAUUCUGUUCACACCUCCCUUGA